AUGGAUCUCGAGGAGUUCAAGCGAAACGGAUACGAGACAGUUGAUAGGAUCUACAACUACUACAAGUCGCUCAGAGACGAUCCAUCGUCGAUAGCAGUCCAGUCAGAUGUCAAGCCUGGGUAUCUUAGGGGAGCAAUAGCUGACGCACCUCCAAAUCGCGGCACGUCAUUUGGUGAAAUACAGGAUGAGUUUAGAGAUGUAGUUUUGCCAGGUCUCAACCACUGGCAGCAUCCAAGCGCAUUCCACUACUUCCCCGCGAACACCUCAUUUGAGUCGAUGCUUAGCGAAAUGCUGAUAUCUUCAAUCAACAAUCCAGGAUUCAGCUGGGACUCAAAUCCGUGCUCAGAGCUCGAGUUACAAGUGAUGGACUGGCUGGCAAAUUUAUUCGGAUUGCAAGACACCUUCCACCACUUCCGGAGGGGAGCUGGAGGCGGAGUUGUACAGGCCAGCUCCAGUGAGUCUAUCCUGGUAGCUGUGACUGCAGCGAGAGAAAAGUAUUUGCACGAAAAUGAAACGCGCGAUCAGUCUCGUCUGGUGGUGUAUGCGUCAACCCAAACACAUUCCUCCGCAAGCAAGGCAGCCCGCGUGCUCAAUCUCCGCAUACGCCUUUUGGAGGUGAGCGCAGAGACCGAGCUGGCACUCACUGGCGAGGCAGUGGCGCGUGCGGUGGCGGAGGACCGCCAGAAUGGUCUUGUGCCUUUCAUUGUUGUUGCAACUGUAGGUACGACGAGCACUGGUGCGGUUGACUCGGUCGACAGCGUAGGCUCUGUCGCCAGACAGAAUCGGCUGUGGAUGCACAUCGACGCCGCUUGGGCUGGUACUCACCUCGCUGUCCCAGAGGUGCGCGACGAAUUGAUGCUGGCCGCUAUAAAUCAGUACGCGGAUUCUAUCAAUAUAGGUAUGCAUAAGAUGGGCUUAGUUAGCAUGUCUACCGUUGCAUUCUUCGUUCGUGACCUCAGGUCAAUAACGGAUGCUCUGACAAUCACGCCGGAAUACCUGCGCAAUAAAGCCACAGACUCUGGACAGGUGCUUGACUUCAAGGACUGCAUUAUAGGUCUCGGACGACACUUCUCGAGUCCCAAGAUAUACUUUAUGCUCAAGUCAUACGGAGUGGAGGGGUUCAGAGAACAUAUACGCCGCUCUAUAGAGCUUGGGGAGAGAUUUAGACAGCUUUUGAAAUCGGAUGGGAGGUUUGAGUUGGUGUGUAAACCCCGUUUGUCACUUACUGUCUUUCGUUUGCGAGGUGGGGAAGGGAGUGAAAUCAGUUCAGUGAAUGAGCUAAACAGGAAAUUCUAUAGCAAUCUUGUUGCACAUAGAAACGAGCUCAGUCUCACGCAUACCGCGGUGAAUGGUGUAUAUUGUGUCAGAUUCGUAUGCGGAUGUCCUCAAACAAAGGAAAAACACGUCGAUAAAGCAUUUCACGUGAUAGCGCGCGUUGGAGCAGAAACUGUAAAUGGAUUCUAG